CCCAGCACAGACCGAUCCCACCCGGCAUAUGAUCUGGGCUCCAUGUCAGCCGGGGCAGGCAGCACCGACUCGCCAGAGCGCCAGAGCUGCACCAGAGCGAAGCCAGAGCGAUGACCUUAUCGAAAGAGAGUUUCAACGGGGCUUUUCCACCCCCUUCUGAGGUGUCCAAGGCCGAUAUGGACAGCAGCAGGGAGGAGGAGGCUGUGCCGCAAUCUGUGACCAGGACCGGAGCAGUGGUGCCAAAGCAGCGGGCGAUGGGAAGGCUGGUCAUGCACAGCAUGGCCAUGUUCGGCCGGGAGUUCUGCUAUGCCGUGGAGGCCGCCUUUGUCACGCCGGUGCUGCUCAGUGUAGGGCUGCCCAAGAACCUCUACAGCCUGGUGUGGCUCAUCAGCCCCAUCCUGGGCUUCAUGCUGCAGCCUGUGGUAGGUUCAGCCAGCGAUCACUGCACCUGUAGCUGGGGCAGGAGGAGACCUUACAUUUUGGGUCUGGGCCUCAUAAUGCUGUUAGGCAUGGCUUUGUACCUCAAUGGGGACGUGAUGAUCUCAGCUUUCAUCGAUGAGAGAAGCAAGCAGCGGACGUGGGCAAUAGUCAUUACCAUGCUGGGAGUAGUGCUUUUUGAUUUUGCAGCUGAUUUUAUUGAUGGCCCCAUCAAAGCAUAUUUAUUUGAUGUCUGCUCUCAUCAGGAUAAAGAGAAGGGUCUGCAUUACCACGCCCUCCUUACAGGUUUGGGAGGAGCCCUGGGUUACCUGACAGGUGCUGUGGAUUGGGGUCACACUGUGCUAGGAUUUUCCUUGGCAUCGGAAUUCCAGGUGAUUUUCUUAUUCGCAGCCUUGGUUCUCCUAAUCUGCCUUACUGUGCACCUGUACAGUAUUCCUGAAGUCCCACUCAGAUAUGAAAAUGAAGAGACAAAGUUGCUGUUGGAAGUGACUGGAUCCUAUAAAUAUAGCUCCAUAGAGGAGGAACUCAAGAAAAGUGACUUCAAAUCAACAUGUACUGGUAUAAUGGCUGGAACUGAAUCAGAGAAAUGUGCUGUUCCAUCACGUACAGAGGAUCAGAGGCGGAUGACCCUUAAAUCACUCCUGAAGACACUUCUAAAUAUGCCAUCCCACUAUCGCCAUCUGUGUGUGAGUCACCUCUUUGGAUGGAUGGCUUUCCUGUCCAACAUGCUUUUCUUCACAGAUUUCAUGGGACAGGUUGUAUACCAGGGUAGUCCUUAUGCACCUCAUAACUCCACGCUUUACCUUACCUACAAAGCAGGAGUAGAGAUGGGAUGCUGGGGGCUGUGCAUCAAUGCAAUUGCUUCAUCAGUCUAUUCUUACCUGCAGAAGAUCCUUCUGCCAUACAUAGGAUUAAAGGGACUUUAUUUCAUUGGAUACCUACUUUUUGGAUUGGGUACUGGAUUGAUUGGCUUGUUUCCCCACGUCCAUUCCACUCUGGCUUUGUGUUCCCUGUUCGGUGUCAUGUCCAGCACACUGUACACGGUGCCUUUCCAACUCAUUGCAGAGUAUCACAGGGAAGAAGAGAGCCUCAAGCUGCAGGCCGGGGUAGAAGCUGGAGAUCAUGAGCGAGGGAAGGGCAUCGACUGCGCCGCUCUCACCUGCAUGGUCCAGCUGGCCCAGAUCAUUCUUGGUGUGGGCCUGGGGUUCUUGGUUAGUAUCGCUGGCAGCACAGUCACUGUGAUUUCGGCAUCUACGGUGUCACUGAUUGGCUGCUGCUUUGUUGCUUUUCGUGUUCGAUAUGUGCAGUAGGACUGUGUGAAGCAAUUGGAAGACAUCUCCCCAGGGGAGCAUUUUCUUUUUGUGUCAGUGGCACUGGCGCUGUUGCCAUGCUAGUACUGCUGGCACGUCCUACUCUCUUCCUUCCUCGGAGUGGUUGCAAUUCCAGAGCUUUAUGAAAUGGAGACUUGAUAAAACUGGUAACCUAAUGCCUGAGUUAGGAAGCUUUUGUAUUUUGCCUGCUUUAUUACUUCAUUCCUGCUGAUGUGCUAUUACACAUAACGGUGUGUACGCCCAUGGUAUCUUGAUGCCCUACAUGAGGAGUCAUUACAAAACUCUUCAUUACCUAUUUGUGGAAGUUAGUAGAUAAGUAUGUGAUAAAUUGAAGAAGUAAUAAAAAUGGACAGGCUUAGGAAGACAGUUGUUAUUUAUCCUGGGUUUUUUCAGGUAUCUUAAUUUUGGGGAUAUUGCUUCUGGCAGUCAAAAGCUGCAGGAGUGCCAAACAGGUCUAAGAGGCCAUGCAGGGUGUAACUGUGUUAUGAUUAGUAGUACUGUUUCAUGGAAUCAGUUUAUUCCCAGCUACUGUCAAAAGCAGAUUUGGGUGUGAAAGAUGACUGAAAUGUAAAAAGAUUGAAGACUAUUGUUUAAAGCAUAAUAGUUAAGUAAUUAUUUUAUACUCGAUCCUGCUGCUUCUGUAUAAAUGGAAGUAUUAUACUGACUGAGCUUGUCACAAAAGUCUGCCUAACUCUGCUCUGCAAAUCCAUGUGUAGGCACCUAAACAAUCCAUCUAUGGGAAACAGCUGCCAUUUCUUCCUUCUUAAGAAGCUCACCUCUUGACUUUGAUACUGUAAUUGAAAAAAAAACUUGGCCAAAAGAAGAAUUUUAUGAACGCUUGUCAUCCACUUAAAUCUUGAUAUCAGAUAUGACAGUAUUUAGCUUAUAGUGGCAUCUCUGUUUUCUCUGUUUUCCUUCAUGCAUCUAGCUUUGAGUGGAAUGGUAUUUGCUCUUUUACAGAAUAUUGUAAAUAAAUUCAGCUCUGCAAUCAGGAAUUAUUUCACAGUAAAUACUAAAGUGCAGUUGCAUGUGAAGCUUCAUUCUUAUUUUUAUAAUAUUGCCAGAGUUUUGAAAAUCCUGUGUCUGUGAAAGUGAUAAACUGUAUUUAUGCUGUGCUCCCUCUGUCUUGAAAACUGUCAUAUCCAUUUGCUGUUAUAUGCUGAGCCACAUGAAGCCAUCUGCCAAUACAAUAUUGUUAAUGAACAGUGACAUAGAGAGACCAUUACCAGGUAUGGUGUUUUGUUUUGUUUUGUUUUUUAAAUGUUGCACAUAUAUUAUUAACACUGUUCAGUCAAAUGCACUGAUGAGCUCUUAGAAGUUCUGCAUGAUACAAACUGACACCAUCACAAAUAAACACUUAGAUCUGAGCAUAAGGUGCCUCUGUUGAGAUGCACUAACUUCAUCCUUUUUGUAUGUUUUCAAGAGUAGAGCGAGUCUUUUAUUCUCAGGAAAAACAAUUUUCCCUUAGACACACUCUUAUUAAUUAUAACAAGCCCAUGACAGCCUCAGCUACCUUUUCUUGUUGGUGACUGUGUCUCCAAUGAAGGCCCAAAUCAGGGCUCAGUGCCUGGCAAACCUUGAACUUUUUCACAGCUUCUUCAUUCUGCUGUAUGAAAGAGCCACUUUUUAUGGUUUCUUCCAUUUUUGUAGCUCUUCAUGAAUCCAUCUCAUUUCACACUCAUGGAAGAGAAAAGCUGAGCCCUUGAACUGUGAUUGAAAACCUCAUAGAUGCUCAUGGCUGGAGCACAAGGGUCUCAACCAGGACAAACAGGAGAAGGCCAGAGAAUGAAGAGCAGUUGUCUUCUCAGUUCACUUUAUGCCAUCAUUAACUAAUUAACUUCCAUUAACUCCAUAUCUCCUGGGAGGAGGAAUCUUUAAGGGAAGAGUGAGGCUUCUGUGGAGCCAUAACAAUUGAGAUAAGAAGAGGUGAUCUGGUCUUAUAGAACUGCAGGAUUUGAAGCACAAUGUAAACCCGUGCUCCAGGAGCUGAAGACAUAAAGUUCCCAUCUCAGUGUGAAGCUGGGAAAGGAACUUCACAAGACCUGCGUUUUUGACAAUAUUUUCUCUGAGGUCAAAUGCCGUCAGAACAUUAAAAUUUGAAUGGGCAGUGCUAUCUCUGCUCUGUUACACAAAGAGAAAGCUGGCAUUGAUUCAGGCCCACAGAGCGACUGUGGAUCUGUAGCAAAAUAAGAAUUGUGACCUGCAGAGAGAACAGAAAUGUGACCAUCACAUAUAUCAAUGUUUUUAUUUACGAAAUUUUACAGAGAAAAGUGUUUCGAGUUCUCACAUUAUCAUCUUUCUUAUGAUCUUUCCUUUUAUAAUUUUCUGCAUGCUACAGAACACAGAACAUGAAAUCUUACUAUAAAAACAUCCCAUAUUUGUUUCUAAGACUAAAUAGUAUCUCUCUUAAUGAGUCUUCAUCAAAAAUAGAAUAGCAAGCAGACAAAAAACUACAUACAACUUGAAAUACAGUGUUUAAACCAGAAAAAUUGUGAUGGUGAUCUCUCUGAAGUAGAAAAAAUAUUUCUAGUGUUACUGAAAACAAUCUAAAAUGUUACUGAUUCAUGAGAAGGGAUAAGGUAAGUAUUUCAGCAAUGCAAAUGCUAAAAUGUUAAAAAUGUUAAAGGCACUGAAAAACUGUACUGUGGUGUUACUAAUUUAAGAAGUUAUACCUUUCCUGAUAUUUUACAUAGUUCAGGACUUGAAUUAUCAAUACGAUUAUCUAUUGCACUUAUUAUCGGCUUUUAUUGCAGUGAUGUGAGUUUCAAAGUUAGAAGUAUCCUGACUGUGAUCUUUCUCAUCUGGUUUUGUUUCCAGACAUGAAAUCAAAUAAAUAAAGACCUUUGUAUUGUG